AUGAGAAUUGCAUACAUUGAAAACCAGACUGAUGGGGAUGCAGCACAUCACAUUGCACCCUGUAUGGAAGAGAAUCACUCCAAGCAAUAUCAGACUGCAGAAGAGAUAUUUGAGCAUCUCAAGUCAAUAUAUGAGGAUGCUAACAAGCUGCAAAAUGUCAAGAGUGAUUAUUGCAAGCUGAUUAUGCACAAUGAGAACAAUUAUCAUGAAUUUGUCACAAAAUUCUUACACCUGGCAGGUGAGGUCAAGAUUGUCAAAGAGGACUACAAGACAGACUUCAAUGACAAGCUGUCCUUUGAUCUUCAGAGGACAGUGACAGUAGUCAAUGCAAUCAUCAAUACAUAUGCUGAGUUUCAGAAGAUCUUCACAAAAUCCUCUAUCAUAAAGGAAGUCUUGAGUGCUUGUCCAGAUAUUCAGUGCUACUACUGCAAGGAGAAAGACCACAUUGCCAGAAACUGCCCUGUGAAGCAGAAGUUUCAACAGGUGAUCACUGAGCUCACAGAGAAUGACACUCCUGAGUCUUCAGCAGAUUUGAGAAAAGAGUGA